GUACUUCAAAAUUGUAUUUUUUUUGAUCAUUUAUCAUCAGUGCACGAUUAUAUAUCUGUUAACGUGCUGUUCCUGAAGGCGUGUGGAGAUUUAAGCGAGUGAUUUUUGCUGUCCGUGGUCGUACGGAGAAAGUAGAACUAGUAAAAUGAAGCUCUCUAGAGCAGAAUACAGAGUGAUCGCAAAGUUCACUGAGCAGCUUCGGCCUACGAGGCAGUGUAUGAAGAUGCUGAAGGACCGAUUUCCCAAUCACUCGCAGUCCACUCUUCUGAGCAUCUUCUCCCUGGAGUACCAGAAAAGAAUGAAAAGAAGUCUUGUAAAACAUCACGCAGAUGUCAUCGAAGACUACUACCAGAGGUACCGUAGUCAAGCCAGCAAGCAUCCUUCAGACCCUGUCCUGCUGGCGUUAGCCAAUGAGGUGGACCUGUCCCCGGCUCUGCUGGCUCGGCUGCUGUUGGAGCGAUUCCUGGAGGAGCACCAAGGCUCAGCAUCAUCCAAGCAAGUCCUGAACAGCAUGUUGCGGGAGCCAUCUUUAAUUCCUGAUGUGCAUCUAGCCAGACAUGUGGAACAGUGCACCAUAAAUGACUGCUGUUAUGGACCGCUGGUCGACUGCAUCAAACACGCUAUUGGUCAGGAGCAUGAGGAGAUCCUGCGCGAGAAACUCAGAGAGAGGAAUCUCUCCUUUGUAGAUGAGAAUCAGCUACGGGCCAAGGGUUAUGACAAGACCCCUGACAUUAUUCUAGAAGUCCCCAUUGCUGUUGAAGGCCACGUUGUCCACUGGAUUGAGAGCAAAGCCUCGUUUGGAGAUGAGCACAGUCAUCACACUUAUCUAAACGAGCAGUUCUGGAGUUACUGGAACAGGUUUGGCCCGGGUCUGGUCAUCUACUGGUAUGGCUUUAUAGCAGAACUGGACUGCCAGCGGGACCGAGGGAUCCUUCUUAAAGACUGUUUCCCCUCAGACAUCGUGACUCUGUGCCAUGGCCCAGACCAGGGCUGACGCGAGAGCUGAGGGUGACACUGAGGCUGAGGGAGUGGGGGGGUCACAGGGCAUUUGCUGGUGGAGACGUGAAUCCGGAAGCAAUUUAGUUUUCCUGCUGCGCACAACUACUGGCAAACAUCUGCCCUGAACUCCAGCUGAACUCCCAGGGAUCAGGCCUGGAAUCAUACCUCUGUGCAAAAUCACGCCAGGGAGCCUGGAGUCCUGGACUGGACCUCUUGGGCCUUCAGGAAGGAGGAGACCUCUUAUCACAGCCCUUUUCCUAGUCAUUCUCCCCCUAUACAAACCCACAGAGGUCACCACCAUUAUCAGCUUUUAUGUUCUUCACUUUCUCUUUCUGUGUGUGAUAAGGGUGUGGUCUGUUGACCUUUUUUGUUUUUGACC